AGUUCGCACUGUUUGUAUGCAGUUGUCCAACAAGGUGGCCAACAAGUUGCUUUCAACAAAUUAUGGAUUCCAGGGCGAUUGUGGCGAGAGCAUCGAACAGUUUCUGGAUGAAGAUCCCAAGGCAUCUGGUGGUUCUCUCCUCUCUGUGUUGUUUGAUAUCUGGAUACUCACAGAGAGAUAGAGCACAUGAACUGAUGUCCAGAUAUCCUCUUAUUGAUGGUCAUAACGACCUCGCUCUCCAGCUGAGGAUACUUCACAACAAUCGCCUGAGCCAAAUUGACCUUCAUAAUGUCAGCAAAGUGUCCACUGACAUCACCCGCCUCCAAGCAGGCCAUGUGCAGGCGCAGAUGUUUGCAGUCUAUGUGAUGUGUGGGGCCCAGGAGAAGGAUGCUGUGAGGCUGACUCUGGAACAAAUAGAUGUGGUCAGACGCAUGUGCACCGAGUACCAGGACUUUGAGCUGGUUACAUCUGCACAGGAGCUGGAGAACUCUGCAAUGAGACAUAAGAUAGCCUGUCUAAUAAGUAUCGAGGGGGGCCACUCUAUUGACAGCAGCCUGCCAGCCCUGCGGAUGUUUUACCAGUUGGGGGUCCGCUCCAUGGCCCUCACACAUACCUGCAACACGCCCUGGGCUGAAUCAUCUUCAAAACUUUAUAAUGUCUAUCAAAGACAGAACAACAGCCUGACACACUUUGGGAAGGCCGUUGUGGAGGAGAUGAACAGACUGGGAAUGAUAGUGGACAUCUCCCACACUUCUUGGGACACAGCCCGGGACGCUCUGAAGCAUUCUAAGGCUCCCGUUAUUUUUAGCCAUUCAUCUUCCUUCUCCAUCUGUAACCAUGGCCGCAACGUACCUGACUGGCUGCUGCACGAUCUGAAAAAGAAACGGGGAUUGAUCAUGGUGAAUCUCCACAGCAAAUUUAUAUCCUGCGGGGAUGAAGCCAACGUCUCCCGUGUGGCUGAUCAUUUUGAUCACAUUAAGAAGAUGAUUGGAGCUGAGUCGAUAGGAAUCGGAGGGGACUUUGACGGUGCUACGAGCUUUCCCAGGGGGUUAGAGGAUGUGUCAAAGUAUCCCACCCUAAUCCAGGAACUCUUGCAGAGGAACUGGACUGAGAAUGAGUUGGCUGAUGUCCUUCGAAAGAACUUCCUGCGGGUGUUUGAGGAGGUGGAGAGGGUCCGAGAUCAGUUGAGUUUAAACAGACCGAGUGAAGUCCAGAUCCGAGUGGAGGAGGUACAGAACCCCUGCAGGCUCGUCCUCAGACCCCCUGACCCCAGAGGGCCUACUGGCCAGAAUCCCUCCUCCGGAGCCCAACAUGAACAAAAAAAUCUGCUUAUCCUGGCCAUAGUUCUGUUCCUUUCCAGCCUUUUUAUGAUUUAAUUAAUAUUUACAAACUAAGUUCAGCUUAUUUUUUAAAGUGCAUAUUUGUAAUAUAAAUAAGGAGGGCUUAAGGAGAUUGCUGUAGCCAUUUGUGGGUCAUCCCAGCACCUCACAGGCCAUUAAAGAUAAGAGGAGAUUCACUUUUUAAAAUUUUUUUACCACCAGUACAAAAAAAAAACAUUAAAUUUGCAGCCCGAUCUGGGGCAUAAAAAUGAAAACAUAAAGAAUAUCAAUUAUUAUGUAAUAUUUAUUACAUAUGUAAUUUGUUGUACAUGUGCUGGCAUAUCUUAAAAAAGCUUAUGAUAUGAAGGAGAAUAAUAGCUGCUUAAUAAAACUACAGGGACGGCGCUCUAAGUUGCUUGAAAUCCAUAUUUUUAGUUUUUGUUAUAUAUUGUGAACAGUGAUCAGGAGGCAAGAUCACUAGGUUGAUGGCAAAGGUAAACCCCUGAGUCUGUCACAAUUAAAUGUUCAAUUUUGCAUAAUCAUCGUAUUUAUGCUAUACUCAGAGUUCUUUUAUGAAGCACUUCAACAAAACAGUACAGGGGGAACAGUUAAUAAACAGAUUAUUUUUAUUUAAUCAUACAGCAUAACACGAUAUUAUGGAAUUUUACAAAACAUAUUAUGUGAGCUAUUCUGCCCUCUGGCCAAAAAGAAAAUUGUUUCACAUGGAAAUAACCAAAAAAAAUCUUGAACUUAGAUCAGCAGUUACUUAAAGAAACAGUGUGAAAACUUCCCUCAUUAAGAUUCAGAUUCAUGUAUUGCCCAAAAAGUUGAUAAGAAUUUGCAUUUUGAUGUUUAUGAAUUUCACAUUAUUUAUGAUUUUUACAUAACCACAUUGGCAUAGCCUCGUUGUUCCUUUAAAAUGUUUUUGGCUUCACAAAAAUACUGCCAAUAUAACGAUUCCAUUUAAAGAGUAUACGUGCCAAACUUUUUCACAAAAAAAAGGACCAGGAGCAUUCUUAGCAUUGCAUGAUUAGUUUUUAAUAACUGCACACUUUCACAUGGUUCACUCCUCUUGGCUUGAACAGAUCAUUUAGUCAGCAUAAAAAUAAACAGUUGUUCUCUAAACGGUAUGCUGGCCUGACGAUACUGAUCAGACCCAGCUUCUUAGGAAAAGGAAGAUAAAAAACAGGACGUGAAAGUUCUUCUUCUUUGACAUUUCAGUCUGGCCUGAUUUGGCAGCACCUGUGUUUACCUUGGAAACAGCAAGUGCAGUUUAAUACUAAAGCAAACACUCCAUGAGCAGCUACUUCUUCGGAAAUACACCACAAUACAUGCUGUAAGAAUGUGAAGUUAGCCGAUUUUAAUCCAGUGCGGGAAUGACAGACUCCGCCACUAACGAUGAAAGCUACCAUAAAGAAAGGCAUUUACAAUAGCCAUUCAGUGUGUGCAUAUAUUGAAUG